ACUAACGACGUCGGUCAUUGGUAUAAGAAAGCGAAACUUUCAAAUUAACAAUUAUCAAAGUCAAACUAGAGUAGAAGUAAUGGGUAGAAAGUAGAAACAAUAAAUUAUUGACUAUCUUUCAAUUUAAUAAAAAAUUAAAAGAUACUUACAAAUCUAUAGAUCCUUGAGUUUGAGGUAGUGACAUUCAGCAUGGACCCUGCCCUUUUAAGAGAACGUGAAGCCUUCAGAAAGAGAGCACUUGCGACACCGAGUGUUGAGAAAAAGAAAAAAGAUGAAUCUUCAUAUAAAGAUGAUAGUAAGAAGAAAAAGACCACAAGUUCGGUCAGUGCUGGACCAAAACUUGAUGCAUCAAACUACAAAACAAUGGCGGGUAGUUCCUCAUAUAGAUUUGGUGUACUUGCGAGGAUUGUGAGGCACAUGAAAGCUAGACAUCAAGAAGGGGAUGAUCAUCCACUUUCACUUGAUGAUAUUCUUGAUGAAACAAAUCAACUUGACGUCGGAAACAAGAUAAAGCAGUGGCUUCAAACAGAGGCUUUACAAAAUAACCCUAAAAUAGAAUGCACACCAGAUAGCAAGUAUAUAUUUAAGCCUGUGUACAAGAUUAAGGAUAAGAAAUCAUUGCUUAGGUUAUUAAAACAACAAGAUCUCAAAGGAUUGGGAGGUAUAUUUUUAGAAGAUGUUCAAGAGUCCUUGCCUCAUUGUGAAAGGGCACUAAAGCAUCUAGCUAAUGAAAUAUUGUACAUCAUCAGGCCGACAGAUAAGAAGAAAAUAUUGUUUUAUAAUGAUAAAACAGCUAACUUUGAUGUUGAUGAGGAAUUUGUUAAAUUAUGGCGAGCAACGGCUGUAGACGCCAUGGAUGACGCAAAAAUUGAGGAAUACUUAGAAAAGCAAGGAAUCAAAUCUAUGCAGGACCAUGGUCCCCGUAAACCAAUUGUGCCAAAGAGGAAAAAGGUUUCUCAAAAGAGACGCCAAUUCAAGAAGCCCCGAGAUAAUGAGCAUCUUGCUGAUGUCCUAGAAACUUAUGAUGAUAAUACAUUGACACAAAAAGGAGUAUCGAUUAAAUAAAUAAUUUACAGUGUUGUGUGUUA